AUGCCACCUCCGGUGCGGCACCUUAUCUUGCCGUUCGACCUCCGAGACGACCCUAGCGCCAUGUGGGACUCCAAAAAGCGAGAUAUGAUGUCAAGCAUCUUUCCAGGAACGACAGGUAUUUCAAGCGACCGAUUGUUCGUCAGGAAUGGUUCCAUCGCUGAAGACCGAAACGGCCGAGAUAUGGAGGAUUGGAAGCCGCUGUUCCACAUCAUCAAGGACCACUUCGAAGGCCUAGGAGUCUCGAUUACCGAAGUCAUAUACUGGGGCGACUUUGUAUACAUCGUCUUGAAGCACCGUGAUACUGAUUUCAGCAAACUGCCGUGCCAAGCAGCAAACAUCAGCUGUGUCUACUUGUUCGAUGAUGAGAUGGGAAGACCGCCCGCACCGCAAGCUCGCCGUCUUCUCGAUCCAACUCCAGGGAAUCCGGACGACAGCCAGUACGACACCCUACAGCCCAGGCUGAGAGAUAGAGUUGGUAACGAAUUCAUGACUGUGGCCUCGCAUGGAUUCUCUGGCGAAUAUGGCACGCAAAUUGGCGAGCUUAUCAUGGAAGUUUCACACACAGACGUCGCGCUCAACGACGAUACUCCGCAGCCUGUUUGGCUCAAAAAACUCACCCUGACCAAGGAAUGUCAAACCGGCGAUAUGGUUUACUUGGAUUCGCCCGACACCGGCUGCAUCGAAGGGAUGUUAAUGAAGUCGUCAUUCCAAGCAGUCCCCAGUGACGACGGCUCACCAGAACAGCAGUGGGUCUUCACAGCCUGGUACUACCUAGGCCAAGACUCAGCAAUCAACCUUCCUGAAGAAAUAUGUGGCAGUGCCAUCUGGAAAAAGGACGGGGAUGUCUUGGGAUUUUUCAGAUACGCUCCAAAAGAAGGGUUCAUGAUGGACUGGUGCGCCGGAAUUGCUGCUGGUGAGCUCAUUACCCGAGGGUUUACCCUUGUCAAUACGGGCGAUAGAGCAUGA